AUGCGGCGGAAUGCGGCGGAGGUAGGCGGUUGUUGCGCCGCGGGCUCGGCGGCGCGACAAAGGCCGGAUCUGCGUCCGCUCGCGCGCGGCGGCGUCAACCCCGCCAGCGGGUAUCGCAACACGCGCCGGCCAAGGUCCGGCCUCGCCCACAUCGCGCGCCGGACCGCGACCCCCGGCGCAUAUAAGCGGCGGGGCACGCGACCGACUCGUCACAGCAGCCACCACCUGCCCAGCCAAACAACAACAACGCCAGCGAUGUCGCCGACGUGGGUCCUAGCCUCGUGCCUCCUCGCCAGCGUUGCAGGCUCGCCAGAGCUCCGCUCCGAGUCCACGCGCAGCUUCCUGGCCAUCAAGAGGCCGCUGGACGACGAGGGCAAAGUCGAGGGGAACAUGUACCUGGCGCGCUCCGCCUCCUCCGACCUGGCGUCGUCGGCGACCGGCUACCUGUUCCGCAGCGACGCGGGCCAGCCGACCAGCUACAUCCACGUCGGCGUCAACCCGCAGCUGUCCGCGCACCUGGAGCAGGCGCCGUCGUACCUCGAGGUCCCCGCCGCUGAGGGCCCGCACGGCGAGGGCUCGUCCCACGGCCUCUACCGCGGCGUCGUCGGCGCGCGCUACGACGAGGCGCUGCCCGUCGCGCCGCUGCUGCCGCAGCACCUGGAGCAGGCGCCGUCGUACCUGGAUGCCGCCUCCCCAGAGGAGGACUCGCACGUCGAGGGCUCGUCCUACGGCCUGUACCCGGGCGGCUACGGCAAGCACUACGGCCUCGGAGGACUGGGCGGAGCCAACGGUAUAGGUCACGGCGGGGUGUACGGGCUCGGCGGAGGCCAGGGCCUCACCUACUACGGCGUCAGCGGCGGCGGCGGGCUGAUCGGCCAGGGCGGCGAGUUCCAGGACUCGGGCUACAGCAAGGGCGGCGGCGAGGCGCACGACGCGGCGCACCACGCCGUCGAGGGCGCCAAGGGCGAGAAGGGCUACAAGGUGGAGGAGGCCUUCGACAAGGGCUCUGCGGGCAAGCACGGCGCCGAAGAGCGCAAGGGCUUCUACGGCGAGGAGGGCGCCUCGAAGAAGGGCCACCACGACGAGGCGGCGCACUACGGCGAGCAGCACAAGGGCGAGAAGGGCAGCCAGGGGCAGGAGUACGGGCGGCGGUCGAGCCACAAGAAGGGCCACAAGACGACGGGCUUCCACAACGUGUACCACAAGGACGAGUUCAAGAAGGAACACAGCUUCUACGACGACGCGCACGCGAGCGAGCACGACAGCAAGCACGGCGAGUACGGGCAGAAGCACGCGGCCGAGCAGGGCGGCUACGAGAAGAAGGGCGAGGUGGACGCCGGCUACAGCGAGCAAGGGCACGGCAAGAAGGGCGAGUUCGCGCAGGGCGCCCACGAGGACGAGGAGAAGGGCCACUCGGUGCAAGAGAGCGCGCGGGAGCACCACGGCCACGAGGAGGACUUCGCCGAGAAGGACGGCCGCAGCAGCGCCGUCGGCUACGGCCACGACAAGGGCUACGGCUACCAGAAGGGCUACGGCCUCCACUGA